GGCCGCCGGUCAUUAGUAUCCACACGUAAAGGCAGACAAAGUUUACAAAAUGAAGCUCCCAAAGCUCUACAAUCUCUCAUCUUUCAUUCUCUUAACUUCACUUCUUCUCUUGGCUGAAUCAGCUGAGCCACCGGUCACCUGUGAUCCUUCUCACCCAUCAUCCAAACUCUACCCUUUUUGCAAUACCACAUUGCCAAUCAGCCAAAGAGUUGAAGACAUAAUAUCUAGGCUCACACUUGAUGAAAAAAUAUCACAGCUAGUUAACACAGCCCCUCCAAUUCCACGACUCGGCAUCCCUGCCUACCAGUGGUGGUCCGAAGCCUUACAUGGCGUCGCCUUUGUUUCCAACUCCACCUAUGGCAUCCAGUUCAAUGGGAAGAUUCGAGCUGCCACAAGUUUUCCUCAAGUCAUUCUUACUGCUGCUUCCUUUGAUGCCCACCUCUGGUAUCGCAUUGGUCAAGUCAUCGGAAGAGAAGCUAGAGCACUAUUUAACGCUGGACAAGCAAGAGGGCUGACAUUUUGGGCCCCAAAUAUAAACAUAUAUAGGGAUCCAAGGUGGGGAAGAGGGCAGGAGACACCGGGUGAGGAUCCACUGGUUUCAGGGAAGUAUGCAAUGUCAUUCGUGAGAGGGGUUCAAGGAGACUCUUUCCAAGGAGGGAAGCUUGGACAACAUCUUCAAGCAUCAGCCUGCUGCAAGCACUUCACAGCAUAUGACUUGGACAACUGGAAGGGUGUCAGUCGAUUUGUCUUUGAUGCUAAUGUAACAUUGCAGGAUUUAGCAGAUACAUACCAGCCUUCAUUCUAUGGCUGCAUACAACAGGGAAGAGCCAGCGGGAUUAUGUGUGCAUACAAUCGUGUCAAUGGAGUCCCCAACUGUGCAGACUACAAUCUCUUAUCCAAAACAGCCAGAAAACAAUGGGAUUUCCAAGGCCAAAAGGUUUAUGAUUGUCAUUGUUGGGGAUUUAGCAAGCAGAUCACAGAAUGUUGUCUCUUUAUGCUAAACCAAACUUUGAAUCACAACUUUGCAGGAAUGGAUGUCAACUGUGGUACGUAUUUGCAGGACCAUACCAAAUCUGCUGUCAAAAAGAAUAAAUUACCUGAAUCCCAGAUAGAUAGAGCCCUUCAGAACCUUUUUUCUGUUAGAAUGAGACUGGGGCUUUUCAACGGCAAUCCAGCUAAACAGCCUUUUGGCAACAUUGGUUUCAACCAAGUCUGUUCCAAAAAGCACCAACAUCUAGCCCUUGAUGCUGCUCGCGAUGGCAUUGUCCUUUUAAAGAACCAUGCCAGACUUCUCCCUCUUUCAAGAGCAAAAACCAGGUCCCUUGCAGUAAUAGGCCCCAAUGCAAAUAUUCCACAUACACUUCUUGGAAACUAUGAAGGCCCUCCUUGCAAAACUGUUACACCAUUACAAGCAUUGCAGAAGUAUGUUAAGAAAACCAGGUAUCACCCAGGUUGUAACACAAUAAGUUGUUCUUCAGCUUUAAUCGAGGAAGCAGUUCAAAUAGCAAAAGAAGCAGAUCAGGUGGUGUUAAUAAUGGGACUUGAUCAAACUGAAGAGAGAGAAGAUUUUGAUCGUCUGGACUUGUUGCUCCCAGGGAAGCAAAAGAAACUCAUCACUAGCAUUGCAAGAGUUGCAAAGAAGCCUGUUGUUCUUGUGCUUCUUUGCGGAGGUCCAGUAGAUGUAUCUUUUGCCAAAUAUGACCAGAAUGUUGGAAGCAUUUUGUGGGCCGGUUAUCCAGGUGAAGCUGGGGGACUUGCACUAGCAGAAAUCAUCUUCGGUGACCAUAACCCAGGAGGGAGAUUGCCCGUUACUUGGUAUCCACAAAGUUUCACCAAAACACCAAUGACAGACAUGAGGAUGCGUGCUGAACCAUCUUCAGGCUACCCUGGCCGCACUUACAGAUUCUACCAAGGCCCAAAGGUUUUUGACUUCGGCUAUGGGCUCAGCUACUCAAAUUAUUCUUACAAAUUCCUCUCUGUGACCCAAAAAAAGCUUUACUUCAAUCAGCAUCCAAGUGAGCAUAUUAACAGGAAGUCCAAUCCUAUCAGAUUUGUAUCAGUUUCAGAGAUGGGCACCAAACUCUGUGAGAAGAGUAAGUUUACAGUCAAAGUUGGAGUUGAAAACUCUGGAGAGAUGGCAGGUAAGCAUCCAGUGUUGUUAUUUGUUAGGCAUUCAAGGGUGGGAAAAGGGAACCCCAUGAAACAAUUGAUUGGAUUCCAGAGUGUGAAUCUGAAGGCAGGAGAGAGGGCUGAAAUUGAAUUUGAACUUAGCCCUUGCCAGCACCUUAGCAGAGCCAAUGAAGAUGGUUUGAUGGUUAUAGAAGAAGGCUUUUAUUUCUUGAUUAUGGAAAACAAAGAGUAUGAGAUCAGAGUCGUCAUCUAAACAAGGGGAGCAGGGACUGGCAAAUUCACCCAGUUGAUGAUAAACGGUCCCUAACUAGGCAGCAAGCCAAGCAUCACUAUAUAGGAAAUUCCAAAAGGCACUAGCCAAAUAAAUGUUGCCCUAAACACCUUAGUCCUUCAGGUAUUAGUUGCAAAUCAAUGCAUUUCAAUUUCAUAAAUAACAAUCAGCUACAGUGAAAAUGAAAUUAUGAAACUAAUGGCACUUGAACUCAUCAAAUUUUUAUUUUGCACUAAACAGAAAUUUUGUUCCAGUGACCCACAAAAUGUGAUUUUAGAUUAUGUAGUUAAGUCACCAACUCUGACAAGUCUGUUAGCUGAUGCGAUACUAGGCCAGUAAAAACGUGAAAUGUGACACUGAUGUGAAUAUAGUUAGCCAUGUCUCCAAUGUGAAUAAUGCACAACAUAAAAUGUUUGGGAGGUACUCCAAAAUCAUCAACUUAAACCUUUCAAUUGUAAUGUAUUUGAUACAAUAACAAGGAAUAUAGGUGUAAAUUUGCUUCACUGCCAGAAGUUUAAAAUAUAAUUACUUUAUCAUCAUUACUUUCAAGUAGCCAUAUCUAACAUCAAAGAUGCCUAGAGGGAAUAAUGAGUUCUAUUAUAUGAUACUCAAUUUGAACAAAAUGUAGUUAGUCAACAGGUAAUCCUCCAAAGAUGCAUUCUAAAAGGCAUUAAACUUGUUCCAAACAUACCAUUAUGCCCAACAAAGGGGAAAACAAAUAAUUAUUGGUAGUUGAAGUUCAACCACAGUUAAUAAUCGCAUAAAUAGGAGGAAGCAUACAUGCCGUUAGGUUACAAUAGAAAGUGCAAAGAUAAGUGAGCAGAAAAUUAUUUGCAGAUUCAAAAGCAGAAGCUUACCUAGGUUUAAGAGAAUGAAAAAUGUAUUCACUAGCAUUUGGCGGGACAGUCUGUGAUAGAUCAUAAGGGCCAGUCCCAGAAAAGCCUCUGAAGGGAAAAAAAUGACAAUUUUUAAUUAGAAUGCUUGGCAAAUGCUAGUGAAUACAUUUUUAAUUCAUCAUACGGGCCAAUCCCAGAAAAGCGUCUGAAGUAUUUAUUCUAUUGACAUGAUGAAUUAAUACCAUGCUAAUCCAUAUCUCAGAAAAUGAGUAAAAUUUUGCUU